AGCAAUAGGGACGGGGCGAAUAAUGGCCUGAACCCGCGCGAGAGAGGCGGGAAUGUCACUGACUGGGAGGCUGCUGCUGGGGGUGGAGCCGGCGGCGGUGGGCGUGGUGGGGUAAGUGAUGCCCUUAUCCCGCGGGGGAGAGACGGCGCAGAGUGCGGCCAGGCUGCGUGUGAAAACGCCAUAACGCCGUCACGUGAUGUAUAUACAUCUGGCCAGCUGCAAAGUAAGAGGACGUACAAUUAGUAAAUGCUUAUUACUGACACUAUCCCAUUAGUCUGACUGGAACUGGAUGUGUAAAAUGAACUAAACAGGCUUCUUACACCGAAGAAAUCUAUCCGUGAAAUCCGCAAGGAGUACACAGCUGCAUCCUGCAGACACGUCGUCCAAAUUGUUCUGUAUCGGCGUCCUUGUACACACACAGCGUUUCAUUCUCAUUUCUGUGCGGAACGCCAGGGGGAAUCCAGCAUUCCAGGCACACGGAGGAUCCAUGUCUGCUCUCACAAAAUGUUUGAUCGUCCGGUUUUGUUUUGUCUCGGAAGCAGCUUCUGAAAGAACAUCUGGAUAAAACAUUCCUCGUACUGCAAUAUGUGACCUAGAAGCUAAGGCCUGGCUCGUUCCUGGUGAUGGAAAUACGGCUGAACCCAUAAUCCCGGUCUCACCUGUCACGGGUCAGACGUCAUGCGUGUGCAGCAAUGAGUAUUCCCCCGGGGCAUCGGCAGCAAGUCCUGCUUACCGGGAAAGGCGUGCACCAGGGAUGGAUCCCUCUACUGAUUCUAUUCAGCAAUGUCACUUUCUCUAUAACACAACAGGACAACGCUCAGACGUCCAACAGUCUAGAAGAUGGGACAGACGUGACCACAUUUUGGUGGGGGGAGUGGACCAAGUGGACAGCUUGUACCCGCACCUGUGGAGGAGGCGUGAAGUCUCAGGAGAGGCACUGUCUUAAGCAGAGGCGGAAAGCACUCAGCGUUCUCGGGAAUAAAAACUGUACUGGGACUUCCAAGAGAUUCCAACUUUGUAAAGUCCAGGAAUGUCCGAGCAACAGCCGGAGUUUCCGAGAAGAGCAAUGCAUAUCGUUUAAUUCUCACGUGUAUAACGGGAAAACCUAUCAGUGGAAACCCCUCUACCCUGAUGACUACGUACACAUCUCCAGCAAGCCGUGUGAUCUCCAGUGCACCACCGUGGAUGGUCAGAGACAGCUGAUGGUCCAGGCUCGGGAUGGGACAUCCUGCAAGUACAGUGACUAUCGAGGGGUUUGCGUGUCUGGAAAAUGUGAGCCAAUUGGAUGUGACGGGGUGUUGUUCUCCACCCACACCCUUGAUAAAUGCGGCGUCUGCCAGGGCGAUGGGAGCAGCUGCGUCCACAUCACUGGGAAUUACAGGAAGGGAGCGUCACAUCUCGGUUACGCCCUGGUAACGCACAUCCCCGUCGGCGCAAGGGAUAUUCAAAUAGUGGAGCGCAAGAAGUCGGCAGAUGUCCUGGCUGUUGCAGAUGAAGCCGGAUACUACUACUUCAAUGGGAACUUCAAGGUCGACAGCCCGAAAAACUUCCUUAUUGCGGGCACAGUGUUUAAAUACCGCAGGCCUAUGGAUGUGUAUGAGACCGGGAUAGAAUACAUCGUAGCUCAAGGACCAACCAACCAAGGCUUGAGCAUCAUGGUGUGGAACCAAAACGGCAAGAACCCCUCAAUCACUUUCCAGUACACGCUGCUACGGAGGCCGCACUCGCGGAUCACUCAGCCGGUAUACUACACGUUCCCAGACUCCGAGAGUGAGGAGAGCAGAGAGUUUGAGGAGGGUUUCGUAUCCCGCAACAGCAGUCGUCUCACUAACUUCCAGAUGGGGAGACGGAGAGGGGACACGGCGAGCUUUGGGAGGCAGAACUCGGAGAAGCUGGAGGCAGUCGGCGGCCAGCAGACAAAUGAGGUGUAUGAAGGAGGACAGGCCGAGGACUGUGAGAGAAUAACAAAAUGCAAAGAUCUGAACAAUAAUGCGACAAGUCACGUAACAAACCCUGGCGAACAAGACUCUGCCCACAAAUUUAUCUCCAAGGAGUUUCUGUCUGGGAACGUCAUUAUGAAACAGUUGUCGGGCAAAGCCACCGACUCCAGGGAACCGUUCCAUAGCCUGAACAGAAGCGGCCUCUUCUCCCCGGCGGAACCUCUGAACUCCAUGGAGCCCAACCUGGACAAUCUUUAUGUAGACUAUGAGGACAAUGAAGACACUGCCCCAUUCGACCUGAACGCCACCUUCCUGGAGCUCAGCAUGGACCGUUCCAUCAAUACCUCUGCCGAGACGCAACUGACCAACGCAUCCGUCACGGCUACCAACAGGACCCAGAAAGUGAGAGUAUGUGGGCCAAUAAGCUACCUACAGCGCAGGCGGCCAUUGUGUGGGCUGGAACGCAGACAGUUGGGACACAAGGAAUUAGAGAGGACGCUGGAUCCUAGCGAUCUGAUUCGCCGCCUUCUGGUUGAGCCCAUGCGAUGCCAGUCUCCGCUAAAGAAAACAAGCCGGUUUGGGAAUCAGUCUCCUGCCGCAGAGGAUGAGAAACCCCUGGAGGCGUCCGCUGUCUCUGAGGUCAGCGCUAUUACUGGAGACCUUGGCUGGAUGGAUUGGGGGUCUCUGGCCUCCCAGACAGUGGAAGCUCUGCUUCUAACCAGGCUGGGGAAUUCUACUUGGGGAUCAGGACAGGUAUGUUUUAUAAACCCAAACCCAACACCUCAGAACAUUGAGCAAACCACUCCAAAAGGGCCAAAGUUACUGAGGAAGGUGCAGGGAAUAAGCGCCGUGGACAUGUACCGGUGGAAGCUGUCGUCUCAAGAGCCGUGCAGUGCAACGUGCAGCACAGGGGUGAUGUCCAUUUAUGCAAUGUGUGUGCGAUACGACGGAAUAGAAGUGGACGACUCGCACUGUGACGCGUUGACCCGCCCCGAGCCCGUACACGAGUUCUGUGCUGGGCGGGAAUGCCAGCCAAGGUGGGAGACCAGCAGCUGGAGCGAGUGUUCGCGGACGUGCGGCGAGGGCUAUCAGUUCCGCAUUGUACGGUGCUGGAAAAUGAUUUCUCCCGGGUUUGACAGCUCCGUGUACAGCGACUUGUGCGAUUCUACGGACAUGACUAAACCGGACGAGAAGAAGAUCUGCAGAAACCCAGCGUGUGGGCCACAGUGGGAAAUGUCUGAGUGGACGGAGUGUACAGCAAAGUGCGGCGAGCGCAGUGUUGUCACCAGGGACGUGCGCUGUUCUGAAGAUGAAAAGAUGUGUGACCCGAGCACCAGGCCCCCUGCGGAGAAGAACUGUACGGGGCCUCCGUGUGACCGGCAGUGGACGGUGUCAGACUGGGGGCCUUGCAGCGGAUCCUGCGGCCAGGGGAAGAUGAUAAGACACGUAUACUGCAAAACGGGUGACGGCAGAGUGGUCCCGGAGUCCCACUGCAAUCUGGAGACCAAACCGCUGGCCAUCCAUCCUUGCGGGGAGAAGAACUGCCCCCCUCAGUGGCUGAGCCAGGACUGGGAACGGUGUAACACGACGUGCGGCAGGGGAGCCAAGCAACGGGUCAUCCUGUGCCUGGAGGUGGCCAACGGUAAAGUGAAAACCCGCAGCCCCUCUGACUGCGAUCCAGCCAAGAAGCCGGACGAUGAGACCACGUGCUUUGAGAGACCAUGUUUCAAGUGGUACACUACUCCCUGGUCUGAGUGCAGCAAGACCUGCGGGGUGGGAGUCCGGAUGAGGGAUGUCAAGUGCUUCCAGGGCAGAGACAUUGUCCGCGGCUGUGAUGUUUUGAUGAAACCUGUCGGGAAACAGACCUGUGACUUGCAGCCUUGCCCCACUGAUCCGCCUGAUGACACCUGCCAAGACCAAGCCGGAACUAACUGUGCAUUGGCCAUCAAAGUGAAUCUGUGCUCUCACUGGUACUACAGCAAGGCAUGCUGCCGCGCCUGCCGCUCUGCUCACUCUUAGUACAGAGACUCUGCAGGGGAAUGACUACUUAUGGCCUCAUCGAGAGAGCUCCAACAUGCCUGCCUAUUAGCUCCCUGGACAAUAUUCUCUCACGCCCGGUUACUCCAGGUGGUAUACAGCGACUUUACUCACAUUACCGCUUUCCACUGCUAGCAGGGAACUGGCAGAUUGCAGUACAUCACAUUGUCCUGCUAUUAUAAUUACUCUCUUACUGUACAUACCUUCAUUGUAGAGCGAGUUACCGGUGUCUGACUAGUCUGCUGCUUGUGGCUUAUUUAUCAACAUUUCCAAAAGUCAGAGACAUUUGUUGGGAUUAAAUAACCAUACUUCUCUUUCCAUGCCAGAUAUAUACUUAUAUACCCCUCCAGGAGAUGCCUAGACACAAAGUAACACAAAGCAUCAUUUCUGCGCUCACGGGACUGUAGAUUACACAGCACAUCCCCUAUUAUACACAGAGUCUCGUAUAAUACACAGUACGUCCCCUAUAAUACAGUGAGUCUCCUGUAACCUUAUAAUACACAGCUAGUCUCCUGUAACCCUAUAAUACACAGUGAGUCUCCUGCAAUACACAGCGAGUCUGCUGUAACCCUAUAAUACACAGCGAGUCUGCUGUAACCCUAUAAUACACAGCGAGUCUCCUGUAACCCUAUAAUACAUAGUACGUUCCCUAUAAUACACAGCAAGUCUCCUGUAACCCUAUAAUACACAGUGAGUCUCCUGCAAUACACAGCGAGUCUGCUGUAACCCUAUAAUACACAGCGAGUCUGCUGUAACCCUAUAAUACACAGCGAGUCUGCUGUAACCCUAUAAUACACAGCGAGUCUCCUGUAACCCUAUAAUACAUAGUACGUUCCCUAUAAUACACAGCAAGUCUCCUGUAACCCUAUAAUACACAGUACGUUCGAUAUAAUACACAGCAAGUCUGCUGUUACCCUAUAAUACACAGUACAUUCCCUAUAAUACACAGCGAGUCUCCUGUAACCCUAUAAUACACAAUACGUUCCCUAUAAUACACAGCGAGUCUCCUGUAACCCUAUAAUACACAGUGAGUCUCCUGUAACCCUAUAAUACACAGUACGUUCCCUAUAAUACACAGCGAGUCUCCUGUAACCCUAUAAUACACAGCGAGUCUCCUGUAACCCUAUAAUACACAGCGAGUCUCCUGUAACCCUAUAAUACACAGUACGUUCCCUAUAAUACACAGCGAGUCUCCUGUAACCCUAUAAUACACAGUACGUUCCCUAUAAUACACAGCGAGUCUCCUGUAACCCUAUAAUACACAGUACGUUCCCUAUAAUACACAGUGAGUCUCCUGUAACCCUAUAAUACACAGUACGUUCCCUAUAAUACACAGCGAGUCUCCUGUAACCCUAUAAUACACAGUACGCUCCCUAUAAUACACAGCGAGUCUGCUGUUACCCUAUAAUACACAGUACAUUCCCUAUAAUACACAGCGAGUCUCCUGUAACCCUAUAAUACACAGUGAGUCUCCUGUAACCCUAUAAUACACAGUACGUUCCCUAUAAUACACAGCGAGUCUCCUGUAACCAUAUAAUACACAGCGAGUCUCCUGUAACCCUAUAAUACACAGUACGUUCCCUAUAAUACACAGCGAGUCUCCUGUAACCCUAUAAUACACAGUACGUUCCCUAUAAUACACAGCGAGUCUCCUGUAACCCUAUAAUACACAGUACGUUCCCUAUAAUACACAGCGAGUCUCCUGUAACCCUAUAAUACACAGUACGUUCCCUAUAAUACACAGCGAGUCUCCUGUAACCCUAUAAUACACAGUACGUUCCCUAUAAUACACAGCGAGUCUCCUGUAACCCUAUAAUACACAGUACGUUCCCUAUAAUACACAGUGAGUCUCCUGUAACCCUAUAAUACACAGUACGUUCCCUAUAAUACACAGCGAGUCUGCUGUAACCCUAUAAUACACAGCAAGUCUACUGUAAUCCUAUAAUACACAGUACGUUCCCUAUAAUACACAGCGAGUCUCCUGUAACCCUAUAAUACACAGUACGUUCCCUAUAAUACACAGCGAGUCUCCUGUAACCCUAUAAUACACAGCGAGUCUGCUGUAACCCUAUAAUACACAGCGAGUCUUUAAUACACAGCGAGUCUCCUGUAACCCUAUAAUACACAGUACGUUCCCUAUAAUACACAGCGAGUCUCCUGUAACCCUAUAAUACACAGUACGUUCCCUAUAAUACACAGCGAGCCUCCUGUAACCCUAUAAUACACAGUACGUUCCCUAUAAUACACAGCGAGUCUCCUGUAACCCUGUAAUACACAGUACGCUCCCUAUAAUACACAGCUAGUCUCUUGUAACCCUAUAAUACACAGUUAAUCUCCUGUAACCCUGUAAUACAUAGUACGUCCCCUGUAAUACACAGCGAGUCUCCUGUAACCCUAUAAUACACAGCGAGUCUCCUGUAACCCUAUAAUACACAGUACGUCCCCUAUAAUACACAGCGAGUCCCCUGUAACCCUAUAAUACACAGCGAGUCUCCUGUAACCCUAUAAUACACAGCGAGUCUCCUGUAACCCUAUAAUACACAGUACGUCCCCUAUAAUACACAGCGAGCCUCCUAUAUAUAAUACACAUUGAAUCUUGGAGCCAUGAAGACACUUCAUCUAUUAAUAAGUCACACAGGAUUUGACACGUGGUCGCUGGACAGAGAAGGACGUGCCUAUGGCUGACUGUUAUUGCCCCUCUGUACAGACAUAAAUCACAUUUCAUUCUCCCAAGCCUAUACUGAUUUAAUUAGCCUACAAACAACCCAACAAUGAAUGCAUGUUUCAUGCUGUCCCAAGCUGAAUGGCUUCGUUAUCUGCGGAGAGGGUUACCAGGUCAGCCAUAUAACUAAAUCAUUUUAUACAAGGUCCAAAUGACCUAAUCCAAAUGAAUUCCCGGGAGUGUCGUCUGCAAACUGCAGCCUGUGUGCGUUCCACGUCUCCUGCUCACACCUAAUGUACCUUUCUCACACCGCACCACAUUCAGGGUAAGACAAUGACCUGCGCAAUUGUGCAUUUAAGGGGCUUUCAUUAGAAACUUUCAGGCUGAAGGAUAUCGGCCUGUGCUGCUUUUUCACAUGUAUUUUGUAAUGUAAGAUAUCCUGUGUAAUUUUAUCCACGGACGGGCGGCCACCGGCGCUGAGCGUCAUGGAAGACACAGUCCUGCGACAGGCGCGGCCCGGAGGUCACCAGCAGAACCUGAAACGCAUUCCUUGUGUGGAAAGAAGUCUAUUAUCAGAUGAACUUGUAAUAUGACGGUGUAUACAAUGCUGUAUGUAUACAUAUGACAAUGGCUGUGAGCUGCAGUCAGACCCUAUUAUCCCAUUAACACCCAGUACAUCCCCAUGGGAAGAUGCUAUAGGUGAUGCACCAGCUGCCUGCAAGGCCGGAUUAUGGAGUGUAAGCCCAGAUUACACUCGCUCCCGUUUACGUUCUGUUUUUUACAGUGAGGGGGACAUGCCAGCGGCUGGUAAUUCGGCUCUGAUUGUAUAUGAGCGGGGGCUUGAGCUGCCUGCAGAAAUUGAAGUGCGUUGAGGUUGGGUCCACUGCAGGAGUUUAUCCAAUCAGCAAAGGGAAACGUUUUCUCCCCAGCUGCCUAUUCCAGAGGGAGAUGCCAUCCUAAAUAUGGAAUUAUAGCCGAGACCUGGCAUGCAUGACACCCCUGGCCUUUAGGACCUAGUUGCUGCUAAAUUUGAUCAUUUUUGUAAAUGUAUUUUAUUUAUUUUCCUACACCAGGUGAGACCCUGAAGAAGACACCUCCAGUAGGCCUAAUAGCUGUGAUCUGUCAGACUGGGGCGAGUUUAUAGUAAGCCACCAAUCCCGCAGCCCCCUAGACCCCUCUAUGGGUUGAUCAUGUAAAUGCUGUUCUGCUUUAACUUGUAUUUGUGCAGGACUAAAUUAAAGAACCACUUUAAUUGGCGAUUUCUCGUCCGACUCAUUACUGUGAAAAGACCUUCAGUGAAAUAAUGGGUUAUUACGCCAUUGCAGCGCCAUCACGAUGCGGCACAGCCCUGAGUUGCGGAAGACACCUUUUUUUUGUUUUGGUGCUAAAUUUUGUAUCAUUUUAAAGACAUACAGAAUUUAACUUUAUUUAAUUUAAAAAAAUAAUAAUAAUAAAAAAAUAUAUAAAUAUAUAUAUACUGAUCCAGACGAAAACGGCACUCAGAGCACUUGAAGAAGUGAAAAAAUGUAUUUCAGGUCAUUAUAUAUAUAUAUAUAUAUAGUCAGAUCAUAAACAUUUUAGAGACACUUGUUAGGAAUUGUUAACACGCUGACACUUGUGCAAAAGAAUGAAAUCUCAGAGUAUAAUACUUUGAUACUUUAAUCCAGUUUUCAAUGUUACAUUUUGGGGGCUUUAUAUUUUGUGCUCUUUCCCGUGUGGGUUUUGUUGAUGGGAUGUGGUGAAGCGGGGACUCCUGACAGCUCGGGUGCAGGGUGUGUUACACGUUGAUACAGAAAUCUGCCUGCACUUUGUAUUGCACAGAAACCAGCUUUACUUAUAUUUAAAUAUAAAUAAUUCACUGUAACACAUAUUAUAACUAUUGUUCAUUUUACCUUCUC